UUUUGAUUGGAUAUUGAUCCGCCGAACGAAAUUGAUAUAACCGAGCCAGGCGGGUAAUAUACACACUAAAUUUCCCCGUUGGGUACCCCACGUUGUAAACAAUAUGCGCUGUGAAGAUGCGCGUACGGUUCAAUUUUGCGCAAUGUAAAUCCCGAUAUUAAAGCACUUUUUAACCGUCAAAUAUAAACAAUUACCAAGCUUAAGUAAUGAUAAACAUUCUCAUCAGCAUUUAAAACAAAUAUAAUCUCGUCAAAGCUUUAUAUUAAUUCAAAAAAAGUGUCUUCAAUAAACAACUCCUUUUCUCUUGUUUACAUUCGUUAGGUACCAAAGUAAAUUGUACAUGUAUACAUCUACAGACGAACUUUUGAAAAUAAAUAAACAAAUAAUUAAAUUAAAAUAAUCUGUACUGAAUGCAAAUUUUAACAAAAAUUCAUGGCUUUCAUUAAAAAUCUAAAUAAAUUAUUCAAAAUUAAAUAAAAGAAAUAACUUUUGGAAAACAGUAAGUGAUUACAAUCAGCUUUUAAACAUUAAUAACAUUUGUAAACAAAUUUACUUAUAUUAUAAAGGGAAUAAACUUUACAUACUGUAAUUGAUGUAAGAUAAUUAUGGAACAAACACAACAAAAGAAACGUUUUGCUACUCUUUCUGAAAAUGAUAUAGAAAACAAAAAGCUUAAAGUAAUAGCAAAGAAUACAACACAAUGUAACAAACUGGCAGCAAAUACCUUUAAAGAAAACUUGAAAGAAAAAAACAUGAAUGAAAAUUUUGAAUUAUUAUCAGCAGAAGAACUUGCUGAAAUGUUACAACAUUUUUAUCUAGAGGCACGCACAAAAGAUGGAGAACUGUAUAAGAAAAAAUCAUUAGAAAGUUUACGUUACGGUAUGAACAGAUACCUUAAAUUACCACCACACAGUAAACCUUUUGACAUAAUAAGUAGCCCUGAAUUCGCAGUUGCUAAUGAAGCGUACAAGGCUGCACAAUGUGAAAUAAAAAGAUCUGGAAAAGCAUCUGUCGACCAUUAUCCUAAAAUUGAAGACAGUGACCUUGUUAACUUGUAUCAUAGUGUCUACCUGUCUCCGAAUACUCCGACAGGUCUACUUAAUCGGGUUCAAAUGAACAUCCGUCUCUACUUUUGCAGAAGAGCAAAUGAAAACAUGUAUUCAAUGACAAAAGAUACAUUCAAAAUAAAAACGUAUCCCAACGGGAAAAAGUAUAUCUGCAAGGAACUGGAUGAAUUAACAAAAAAUCAUAGAGAUGACAAUGAGCUCAUCUCUGGCCAUAUGCCAGAAGACACUGACUGUGGUGAUCUCUGCCCUGUUAGAGUAUAUGAAAAGUACAUAUUGAAACUAAACCCUGGCACAAACCGUCUCUGGCAAUAUCCAAGAGAAUGCUACCUAACGGAUGAUGAUGUAUGGUUCCAGAACAAGCCGAUGGGAAAAGACACACUCCAGAAAUUCAUGACAAAACUCAGUAAAAGUGUCCCUCUAUCAAAGGUUUACACUAAUCACAGUGUACGUGUUACUGGUGCAUCACUUCUGGGAAAAUACAGCUUUUCGCCAGCACAAAUUAUGUCCGUAACCGGGCAUAAAUCUUUGUCAGCCCUUUCAGUGUACCAAAGGGUAACUGAUGAAGAGAAGAUGAUGAUGGGAGCAGCAAUCGGUUCUAUUACAAAAGAAAAGACAAAAAGUCUCCCUUAUGGUCAGGCUGAAAUAAAAGGAACAGCUACAUAUGCCCUUGAAAUGGCACCACGCCCUUCAUCAUCUGCUUUGUUGCCAAUACAUUCAAAUGUUUUACCAGGGCCCAGUAUAAAUGAAAGUAUAUCUCAAGCUGAACUUGCUGAUCUCAAUUUGGAUGAACUGUUCUGUGACUUUGAGUCUGAUAAUCACGCAAUUACAAAUACAAUGAACUCCCAGACAAAUCUCAGUGUCCGCAAGGCCCCAGUCUAUAUGAACUGUACCUUCAACAUAACAAUAAAUAACAAUAAGUAAAACCAGCACCACAUCCUUGGUUCUGACUUCUGGCAACUUUUCUGUUUCUGACCUAGAUCUACUCAUAAUUUAAAAAAAAAAAAUCAACAAACAAAACAAAAAAACACAUACAUUAUAGAUCUAAUUAUUCUUAUUAAUUUAAGCUUGAAGGUGAAAAAGGGAUUUUCUUUCAAGAUAAUAAAAUCUUGUUUGAAAUUGUGCUAAACUACAAACACAUUUUGAAAUCAUAAUGAUAUUUUAAAUUAUUAUUGGAUUUUCAUGUACUGUUAGUGUACAGUAGUGACUACAGUACUGCAAUACUGUAUAGUAAAAAAUUCUUACUUUUGAGAUUGAAAGAGAAAAUAAAUUGCUGUCCUGGAGUCUGGACUAAGAAAUGUUAAAUAAAUUUUUCAUCACUUUUUAAUAAUGAUUUUAAUAAACAAUUAUGAACUGUCCCUUUCGAUUUUCCCUCAAAUUGACUGAAAUUGUAUA